CCCUUGCACAAACCCGUACAUUGCUUUAAUGGAUGGCAAAAACAUUCAAGAAAUGUUUGAGUGACUACUUAACAUUGCUGUUACUCAUGCAUUCAGCUACACUCGGGUUUAGCAACUGAUUAUAUAACCAACAUAUGUGUUUUGUUACACCUGCCAGUGAAAAGUGGAUUUAAUCAGACGACGCUUCUCACGCGAGAGCACCUUAAAAGAGCAGCUCACUGAAGAACCAGAUCAUUUCUUCUGUCUGUCCUGCUGCAGAAUUGGAGGUUGCAAGCAAGCUGGGCCCCUAGCACAGAAAAUGGCACAGAAGACAGCGCUGAUUGUGUACGCCCAUCAGAGUCCCGCAUCAUUCAACGCAGCGGCUCGUGAUGUAGCGGUCGAGGCCCUGAAAGACCAAGGCUAUAAAGUCUUAGUGUCAGACCUCUAUGCUAUGAACUUCAAAGCCACAGCUACCGCAGAUGAUAUUAAAGGUGAUCUGAAGAACCCUGACCACUUCCGUUACAAUGAAGAGACAAGUGUUGCAUGGCAAUAAGGCAGACUAAGCGAUGACAUCACCGAGGAACAGAAUAAGGUUAAACAGGCGGAGCUGGUCAUCUUUCAGUUCCCUCUCUACUGGUUCAGUGUGCCUGCCAUCAUGAAGGGCUGGAUAGACCGCGUCUUAACUCAAGGAUUUGCUUACACCCUACAGAGGAUGUAUGAGAACGGCCUUUUAAAGGGGAAAAAGGCCAUGCUUUCAAUAACCACUGGAGGAAUGGAGUCAAUGUAUCUGCCUGAUGGUCUCAAUGGGGAUAUCAAUGUUUUACUCUGGCCCAUACAGAGUGGUGUGCUGUAUUUCUGCGGGUUUGAGGUUCUUGCCCCACAGAUCUUCUGGUGUCCGGCACAUUGUCCGCCACCAGUAAGAACCGCCAUGUUAGAUGGAUGGCGGGAGAGGCUGAGCGGUCUGAUGGCAGAAAAGCAUCUGUCCUUUGCUCCACUUGAAAAGUUUGACCUGAGUUUCCAAGGAGGUUUCAAGCUACGGUCUGAGGUGAAGGAGAAGUGUGAAUCUCUGUCGCAUGGCCUCAGCACCGGACAUCAUCUGGGCAAACCGCUUCCUCCUGACAACCAGACUAAAGCCAAAUAAAUGUACCCAUCUGCAUGAUGAAGUAGGCCUACUGUAUAGUUACUAAUUUAUGGCAUAUUCAAUGGAGUUGUAACAGGAUGAUGAUGAUUAUCAUAAAAUCAGUUAUAUAAAGCCAACAAUAAACCAGCAGCAGUAAUGAUAUGAUUAAUCUUUUUCACACUUUACUAAUAUCUGUUCUUCAGUACAUACUUGCAAAGCCUUUUGAACGUUUUAAUGAACUGUUCAAUUUUGCCUUCUAACUACAUAUUAAAUAAAAGGGGUAUUAUUUCAAUUUUAACGUUUUAAUUCCUUGUUCACAGAUGUUUUACAUUUUUAUCAGUGUUUAAAUUUAUUCUAUGUUCAGUAUGAAAUAAUUCCAAUAAACAAUAAUUAUAAUGUCAGUAGGUAGUGUUCAGUUGGGAGGUUUUGCUUCAU